AGCAUCCGACUGUGCGCGCGCCUGUGUGUGCUGCUGCCGCUGUCAUCACAGAUGUACCCCCAGCUGUCACUCCGUCGCUGGGCUCGCUCGCGCACACGCACGCUCUCCUCCCUUACCCCUCGCUUCCCUUCCUCCUAUCUGUCUCUCUCCGGCCCUCCCUCUUCCCUUCUCAGUUUGUUAUUGACCCGGCAGCCCCAUCCCCUCGUCCCCUGGCAGCGCAGCGCCGCGGGCUCUCCACCUCCUGCGCUGGGCGCUGUGUGCCAGCUCCCUGCUCCCGGCGAAUCCCUCUCCAGCUUUGGAGCCCCCUGCUUGGUGGUGGUGUCUGCAUUUGUAGCUGCCUGAUCUAAGGGCUCAGGUCCGGAGAAAGAAGCUGCUGCAGCAUGAACCCCUGAGCUGAUGAGUUUUAUUAUAGACCGGCUGGUGGAGGACAGAGCAUUGCACUUCACCUCCAAGGCCGAAGCAGGGGGUUGCCUGGUGGCCCACACCUGACUGACCUGCUGGCAGACACUGCGACAGGUCUGGUUUCCUUCCUGGGGCCAUGGACUGACAAGCAGCACACACCAAGGGGCACCUCUCUGCCCGGAGCUGCGGAGAGCUCUGAGUUCACCAUGCUGGCGCUGGGCAGUGGCCUUGAGCCGAGGACCCGGCAGAUCUCCUGGAUCACUUGCUGGAUCGCUCUCUAUGCUGUGGAGGCCCUCCCCACCUGCCCUUUCUCCUGCACCUGUGACAGCCGCAGCCUGGAGGUGGACUGCAGUGGCCUAGGCCUCACCACAGUGCCCCCGGAUGUGCCCGCAGCCACCCGAACCCUCUUGCUCUUGAACAAUAAACUGAGUGCCCUGCCAAGCUGGGCCUUCGCCAACCUGUCCAGCCUGCAGCGGUUGGACCUGUCCAACAACUUCCUGGACCAGCUGCCCAGCUCUGUUUUUGAGGACCUGGCCAAUCUGACAGAGCUGCAGCUGCGCAAUAACAGCAUCAGGACCCUGGACAGGGACCUGCUGCAGCACUCCCCUCGACUCCGCCACCUGGACCUGUCCAUCAACGGCCUGGCCCAGCUGCCUCCGGGGCUUUUCGAUGGACUCCCUGUUCUUCGCUCCCUCUCACUUCGCUCCAACAGACUGCAGAGCCUGGACCGGCUGACAUUCGAGCCCCUGGUGAGCUUGCAGCUAUUGCAGGUCGGGGACAAUCCCUGGGAGUGUGACUGUAACCUGCGGGAGUUCAAGCACUGGAUGGAGUGGUUCUCCUAUCGAGGGGGACGCCUGGACCAGCUUGCCUGCACCCUACCCAAAGAGCUGAGGGGGAAGGAUAUGCGCAUGGUUCCCAUGGAGAUGUUCAACUAUUGCUCCCGGCUGGAGGAUGAGAACAGCUCCCCUGGGCUCGAUGCUCCUGGGCCACCCUGCACCAAGGCCAGCCCAGAACCUGCCAAGCCCAAGCCCGGGGCUGAGCCUGAGCCAGAGCCCAGCACAGCCUGCCCUCAGAAGCAGAGGUACAGGCCGGUGAGCGUGCGGAGAGCCAUUGGCACGGUGAUCAUCGCGGGAGUUGUUUGCGGCAUCGUGUGCAUCAUGAUGGUGGUGGCCGCGGCCUACGGCUGCAUCUAUGCCUCGCUCAUGGCCAAGUACCACCGGGAGCUCAAGAAGCGCCAGCCCCUGAUGGGGGACCCUGAGGGUGAGCAUGAAGACCAGAAGCAGAUCUCUUCUGUGGCCUGAGAGCCCGCCUGCCUGGCCCAGGUAGGCAGGGUAGGGAGAGCACAACGGGGCUUGCUCUGGAAAGGCUGGUCCUUCCCCUCCAUCACAGUCCCUGCCUCGGCUUGACACUGGCCACUGCCUGUCCCAGUUCCUUCCAGCCCUCCAGCAGACCAGCCACGGUAUGGUCAUCUCCAUGAACUUCCAAGUCUCCCUGGAGGUCGCCAUUGUGCUGAAGGCUCCUGUGGGUGCUCCUCUCUGGCCACCAAACCUUUGGAGGACUCUCCUGGAACUUCUGGCCACGGGGAUGAAAAGAUGUGUACGCAAGAGGAGCCUUGUCACAGCUGGGUGACUCUUCCUACCUCUUGCUCAUUCAUUUCCACUUCAACUGCAUCUCGGGGUUGGGGAGUAAGGGAUAUGGGGGCCAAGGAUAGAUUUCUGUGGCUCUUUUUUUUUUUAACUAGAAAGAUAUUCUUAACCCCCCUGCAGUGGAACGCUGGGUCCAACUUCCAACAGUGUACUAAUGUGCAAACACACCAACCUGUAAUCUGGACCUAGUACUUAGAAAUACAACGCUGUGAUUACAACAUCCUCCCUUGGCAAUGCCAGUAUGUCCCUGGGUCUGCUAUAGACCACACUGACCAUAAUAGUUCCGGCUUCCUCACUUUCACACACACUCGGAACACCACCAUCACAGUCACAUAGAUUGAAAUCUCCCACACACACACUCACACACUCACACACUCAUAGAGUUCAGUGGAGACAGGUAGGGGUCUCCUUGAAUCCCUGGCCCUGAGACCACAGAACCUCUUGCUUCCUGACUGCAGUCUUCUCAAGUCCAUUGGCCGGGGGGAGAGGAUCCUAAAUUGGUAACAUGGGGUUCCUUUGAGAUCCUGUAAAGUGGGCCACAGUGGUGCUGCUGGAUGAGCCUGCCCGUCACCAUGGCAACCUGCUCACACCUCCCCUGCUGGGUUUUCCAGGGACUGGCCCAGAGGCCCAGAGGCUGCUGCCUCUGUGAAUGGCAGCCUCUUGAGAGCCCAGCCACAUAUUCGGGGUGUUUCCUCUGAGCUGCCAGGUUUGUCCUCAUUGCCAGGCCCCAGGGAGCACCCUCCACUUUCAGCCCUGUAGGCUGCGGCCUCGGCUCUGCCCCUCUGCACCUCCCACUCCCUCCGUCCCCAGCAUCUUCUGCCUGUGACCUCAGGGCUGGGCCUGGGCUGUGCUGUGGUCCUCCUUGGGGAAAGCAGGUGGCAGGCAGAUGGCAGAGUGGUCCUUGAAGAGGCUCACUGCUCAACACAUUGCUACAGACGCCAGGGGCAGGAAAGGACCACCACAUUCCGUGCAGAGGCCUCAGCGCUGAGAUUUCCUUCUUGGGUGAACAUGGUGGUUUGUUUGCUUAAUAGGGCUUCUAAUUGCAGCUGGACUGUGGUCCAACUCAGAGGGUGGUCCAGGGACAGAGACACCUGCCCCCAGUCAAGUAGGUUUCAGGGUAUUUGCCUCCUGUUCGAGGCUGCCCCCUCCUUAGGAGUCUGAUGUCUGGUGAGUACCUGGGUCUCGCUGCUGCUGGACCCCACUUUGAAGGUAUCAGAGCAGGACAGGGCAGGUCCUGCUGGCCUGCUCCUCCCAACCCUCCCUACUCAAAGGGGGGGUGGUGGAUGGGGUGCAUGGAGAGCCUUUAAGAAGGUCGUCUCCAGCAGGUGGACAGAGGGCCCCUUGGCAGGCUGCUUAUCUGGAUUGCAUGCCCCCUUGGCUAGGGGCACAGUCUUCCUUUCCCUUUGGGCUUGUAGGCUGAUACCAGAUCUGGGAGUUUUCUAAAGGGACUGGGGGCGGGGAGGGAAGGGUGUUGUCAGUGGUGGUAUCUUUAGCCUGAGGCAGAAGAUUUUUAAAGGCAAAAUUAUAUUUCUGGUUUGUUGUUUCAGAAGACCAAUAAAGACUGUAUUUUCCUAUGUA